AUGAUCGGGCCAAAGUGUUUGAUCCAGUCCAAUUAGAAAAUCACAGGCUAAAGUUAUUGGCCCAAAUUGUUUGAACCAGUCCAAUUAAAUGACUUCGGUAUACCAAUUCAUCCGAUCUACCAUCUCUCUCUCAGCCCGACGGUCUUACGCUAUAUCUUGCUCUCUACGUUUCCAGCUCUUCUUCCCCUUAGGUCGGACGCACUCUACACCACUCCGUUCGUCUAAUAUCCCGAGAACAUAUAGUGACGUUUCAAAAUAUUCCAUGGGAGACAGUCAGUACUCAUUCUCUCUUACCACUUUCAGCCCUUCUGGAAAACUAGUUCAGAUUGAACAUGCCUUAACUGCGGUUGCUUCUGGCCAAACAUCUUUAGGGAUAAAAGCUUCUAAUGGUGUCGUUAUUGCCACUGAGAAGAAACUACCAUCCAUUUUGGUUGAUGAAACUUCUGUGCAAAAGAUUCAGAUCCUGACACCAAAUAUUGGAGUUGUAUACAGUGGCAUGGGACCUGAUUCUCGAGUUUUGGUUCGGAAAAGCAGGAAGCAAGCUGAACAAUAUCAUCGUCUCUAUAAAGAACCAAUCCCUGUCACACAACUUGUGAGAGAAACUGCAGCAGUGAUGCAGGAAUUCACUCAAUCAGGUGGUGUAAGACCAUUUGGUGUUUCUCUCUUGGUUGCUGGGUACGAUGAUAAAGGUCCUCAGCUCUAUCAGGUAGAUCCUUCCGGAUCAUACUUCUCUUGGAAGGCCUCAGCCAUGGGGAAGAAUGUGUCUAAUGCAAAGACAUUUCUUGAGAAGAGGUAUACAGAAGAUAUGGAACUUGAUGAUGCUGUACACACUGCUAUUCUGACACUUAAAGAGGGGUUUGAAGGGCAAAUUUCUGGUAAAAACAUUGAGAUUGGAAUAAUUGGUGCUGACAAAGUGUUCAGAGUUCUUACGCCAGCUGAAAUUGAGGACUAUCUUCAAGAAGUUGAAUAGAGGUUUUUCCUUGAGAGAAGAAGUCUAUUUAUGCUUUCAACUGCAAAGGUCUGUAUUUCGAUGACCAAAAAUCAGACUUGUUGUUUCGAGAUACGUCAAUUCAGACUCUUGAGCUGCCAAACCUGGUCUGUUCCAUUUGGUGGUGGUCAUGUAUAUCUUGAAGAUGUUUUUUUCUUGACAUUUUAUGUGGUGGUUGUUUAAUGGCAUUGUCCCGUGUAAUCGCUCCUAAAUACUUGUGUACUGAACUUGAUAAUUUCUUCAAUAACUUUGGUUCAACAUUCCCUCUAGUUUUUAAUUAAAAGUCAAAGUUUGGAUUUGCUUCUUGUGAUAAUCACCCAUCUCCCUUAGGUUCUCUACUGCCUGCAUGCUGCAUGCUGCAUGCUGCAUGCAUCUGUUUAAAAAGUUUGGAGCACUUAAAUGCAAUCAAGCCGUUGACGUGAUG